AUGUCUACAAAGACAGCAGAAAAUACCCCCCAAAUCGCCAUGCCCGCCGAAAUCAAAGAAGAAGCAAAAGAUGUCGCAAAGGCCGCAGGUCAGGUCUCAGGCAUAAGAUCCUUCAUAGCCGGUGGUGUCGGUGGUGUUUGCGCCGUUGUCGUCGGUCACCCGUUCGAUUUGGUCAAGGUGCGACUGCAGACGGCCGAACAGGGUGUUUACAGCGGUACUUUGGAUGUUGUGAAGAAGACUUUGGCGAAGGAGGGGUUGAGGAAGGGUCUUUAUGCAGGUGUAUCCGCACCGCUGGUUGGUGUCACACCCAUGUUCGCCGUCAGCUUCUGGGGUUACGAUUUGGGAAAGAAGAUCGUGCAGUCGACAUCAGACGUCAAAGAUGGUCAACUAUCAAUCGCUCAGAUCUCUGCCGCCGGUUUCUUCUCCGCCAUUCCAAUGACAUUGAUCACAGCUCCCUUUGAACGAGUAAAAGUCCUCCUCCAAAUCCAAGGCCAAUCCUCCGGUCCCAAAAAAUACGCAAACGGCCUUGACGUCGUCCGCCAACUCUACACCGAAGGCGGUAUCCGCUCCGUAUUCCGCGGUUCCUUCGCCACCCUCGCCCGCGACGGUCCCGGUUCUGCCGCAUACUUCGCCGCGUACGAGUACACAAAGAGGGCAUUGACACCACCCGACUCUAAGGAUUUAAGUCUACCGGCUAUUAUUGCGGCUGGUGGUGCAGCUGGGAUUGCGAUGUGGAUUUCUAUUUUCCCCGUUGAUACGGUUAAGAGUAGAUUGCAGAGUGCGGAGGGGAAGGUUACGGUUGGAGGGGUUGUUAGGGAGAUUUAUGGGAAGGGAGGGGUUAAGGCUUUCUUUCCGGGGCUUACGCCGGCGUUACUUAGAGCUGUGCCUGCGAAUGCGGCGACUUUUGUGGGUGUCGAAUGGGCUCAUAAGGCGAUGAGGAGGGUAUUCGAUGGAGAAGAAACUCUAUAA